GCUGCACUCGUGCCUGUGGUGAGAACCCAGCAGCUUGGAGCAGGGAGGAGAAUGCACAGUAAGAAGAGGGGCCCGAAAGCUGCAGCUGGAAAGUGGCAGACGCCCCACCCUGGGCCCAAGUCGAGAGCCAUUGCUGGGAAGCCCGGGGAGAACCAUCCACCGCAGAGGAAAGCCGGCGAGCAGGCGAGGCAGCCUGAGCCUGCCGAGAACGCCGAGGCCCCGACAGGCCCACCCCCAGCCUUUCCCAGCUGUCCUUGUCACCGCUGUCCUGUGGUUCUCCACUUCAGGCCCUGGAGAGCCAGCCCAGCCCUCACCGGCGUCUGGAGUCAGUGAUACACAGAGCUCAAGCGACUCUUCCCAUCUACAGGAAGUGGGUGACCAGGUGCCCCCGGGGGGGCUGUCCCCCGCUGCUGUCCCCCAGGACCUCCCUGCACGGGACUACGGCAGUGGGCUGUGCUGGCUGCAGUCUCCGUGCAGGGGAGGCCGGGCCAGAGUCGGUGCCAGCGUGUGGGAGCCCUUUCCCGCCUUUGCUCCGCACCAGCGUCCCUCCCCAGGAGCCGUCUGCGCUGCGAAAGGGGGAGAAUGCGAUGUGGUCGCUUGGGCCCCGGGACCCACCUGUGCCAUCUGGGCCAGGCCCCGCACACACCGUUUCCACCACACGGUAGAUGGCUGCUGGCUGCCCGAGGCUGUGACUGCAGAGCUGCUUUCUGAAGGAAAAAUAGCCUCCACCAGGAAGGUGUGGCUGAGCCCCAGAGCCCCAGAAACCUGUGGGAGGCUACACACCUACCCUACUCCCCACACCUCCCGCACAGCGGAUCCUCCAACUGGACAGUGUGGUCCCAGCGGCCCAGCAAGUCACACCUCAGCCGGCAGCCCUGGCCACACUGAGGGCGGUGAGCCUCUUGGCCUCUCAGUCAGCAGGUGGGGCAGUGGC